GCACUCCUGAGAAGUGAUUCUGACAUUAUUGGUGCAAAGAAAAGAAAAAAAAAAGUUUAAAGAGAAAAAGCCAUUUCUCCCAAGUGAAACACCGAAGGUGAAACGUCUUAUCAUCGAAGCUUAAGGAUACUAAGUGUUUGUUUUCGUGAAAAGAGUGUGAGUUUGGGCUGUCGAGAAAACCGCAACGGAAUAAGAAGUGAUUGCGCGAUUGAGCGAGCGAGCUCAAGUGUUUACAGUUGUGAUUAGAAACCGGAGCUCAUCCGGAGGAAAGCCGUCAAAAUUUGUGUAAAACGAGCCAGAAAAAUGAAGGCCAUCACAGCGGUGUGUGCUACUGGUGCUUCGGUGCCGGCGAUUGCCGGGGGCCGAGUGCAGCGGCACCGUGAUGGUGAGAAUGCCGAGAUUCAGAUGUACCUCUCGAAGCUGAAGGAUCUGGUUCCGUUCAUGCCGAAGAACCGGAAGAUCUCCAAGCUGGAGGUCAUCCAGAACGUGAUCGACUACAUCUGUGAUCUGCAGAAUGCGCUGGAAUCCCAUCCGGCGGUGAAUACGUUCGAUCCCGUUCAAGCUCUGGCCAGUCAGUGUCCGUUGGAACCGAUGGAAUCUACUCCCGUGGGACCACGGCAACCGCUCGGUGUUCGACCGAAUCCAAACACCAUUCUGGCGAAUGGUGUUCCGGUGACCGUUGUCAGUCCUGCUCCCAGUCCUGCUGCCGGUGGAUCAAGCAGCUCCAGCUCUAGCAGUAACAACAACAACAGUGAUGCAGCCAACACGAUCAAAGAUAUGUCGACGUGAAUGGCAUUGGUCCCGCCCGACGCCGCCGUCGCCGUAGCCGCCACAGUCGCCACAGCCGCUGCUGGGAGGACUUCCGUUCCCGUUGGCCCGCUCCGCUCGUCGUUGAGGAGUUUGGAUGAUCUCUGCUACUUCGAACUGAACAAAAUAAUACAAGACGACGAUUGGAACUCUGCUGGCCCGAAGGUACAGCCACCAACAGCACCACCACCAGCACCACGCCGGCUGGCUGCUCCACAUCCUCCCCCCGCGAAACGGAUCAGCCAGCCAACGAGGUCACAUACGCCGCCGGCGCUACACCUUAUUUGACUCAAGAGCUAACUAGCUGAAGCUAAUGGAUUAUAUGUUAAUAAUUAAUAUUAAUGUUCUGUGAUCUAUAGAAUAUGAUUUUUUUUCCUUCGUUGUGGGUUAGUUAGAGCGAUCAUUCAGCUGAUUUUACUUUCCCUUCGGGGAAAAAAGAACAAAUCGCACCGUCCUCCGGUCUAGAACAAGAAGUCAUCCAUCAACCCCCCGUUCACCGGAGGACGGCCACCUGUACAAAGUGUAGAAUUUAGUUACAUUAAACCUACUUUUAAAUGAAAAAUAACAGAACAACUGAACGUACCGACUGAGCAAAGUCGGUUAGCUUUUGUCCAAUUUCAACCUUUUUUUUUUUGAAACGUGUUAUUUUUUGUGUAAAUGAUCCGAUGACUUAUAACUUUUGUUUUUUAGUUCUUAGUCAGAAGGCAUAAACUUUAUUUAUGUACAUAGUAAAA